GAGAGGCCGUGGGUCAUCCCGUUCCACCCCCAGUAGGUCGCUCGGCUUUCCUGCGCCAGCAGCGGUGUGUUAUCGAGGCUGGGCUACCGCUGCUGGAGACACCCGGAGUGAGGGCGAAACACACCACUUAAUCCACCCUGGCAUCGCAGCGGGGCUGAGGGGCUGCCCCUGCGAGUUUUACACCUAAAAAAACGGUUAGGUUGGAUCGCGCGCCUCUCUCGUGCCACCACCCGUCCUCCCGAUGUCGGAUUUCAAGCUCGGCAUCGUACGGCUCGGCCGUGUGGCCGGGAAGACAAAAUACACCCUCAUAGAUGAACAGGACAUACCACUUGUGGAAAACUAUGCCUUUGAGGCGCGCAUGGAAGUAGAUGCAGAUGGCAACGGAGCGAAGAUCUUUGCCUAUGCGUUUGACAUCGGUAAAGGCCGCUGGGCAGGAAGGCCACUGCAUGAGCUGCUGUGGGAGAAACACAGAGGAGGUAUUGCACCCAGUUUUCAAGUCAUCCACAUCAAUGCAGUCACAGUGGACAACAGGCUAGACAACCUGCGACUGGUGCCGGUGGGCUGGAGCCCCAAACCAGAGGAAGUCUCUAGCAAGCAGAGAGAGCAGUCUCUGUACUGGCUGGCCAUCCAGCAGGUGCCUGCUGACCCAGUAGAGGAGCAGUAUCUAGAGCUGAGCCGCACGCGCUACUACAACGCUAACGGGGAGCUUGUGGAGGAAGAGGAGUGCUCCUGCACUUACUACGAGUGUCAUUAUCCUCCUUGUUCACUCAUUGAGAGGAGGCUGCGGGAGUUCAACAUCUGUGGUCGCUGCCAGGUGGCACGCUACUGUGGCUCCCAGUGCCAGCAGAGGGACUGGCCCGCCCAUAAGAAGCAGUGUCGAGAACGCAAACGGGUGCUGGCCCUGGAGUCGGAGCCCGAGCGAUGAUCUGCCCUCAUCCCUACCUUGGAGCUUAUGAGGAAGAUUUUGAGUGGGUCGGGGGCACAGUUUGACUUAUGGGAGGGGGGGGAUAAUGAAGUGCAAAAAUGGAGGGGGGUGGGGGGCAUUGCUGACAAGAGGCUAACAGAGGACAAUGUUGGUUAAUUGUUUGAUGGAGGAGGGGAAGAAAAAUAAAGGAAAGACAUCUGCCACUUCCCAGAACUGGUAAUUCUCCAUAGCUUACUUUUCAUGUGGAUGAUGGGGAAAGGUAUUUUAUUUUAUUUUGAAAUUAUUUUUUUUUCUCAAGGAGGGAGACCCUCGAGCUCUACCUGCUGCUAUGAUUUUUGUAUAUGUUCUUGUUGAUGAACUUGACAAGCUUCUUUGGACCACGGUCUAAUGCGGACAGUUGUCGUCGACCACUUCUGUUCCUCCACCAAACAAACUACUGGCUGUGGUGACGUCCGUGCAAACGGGGGACACCAGGAGCUACAGUACCCGUCAUUCACUUGGUACAAUGGGACAUGGACCUUUUCACUGUAUCGCUCCUUUUCUGACCUCUCUGGUGCACACAGCUGCCGUCUACAUGGUCAUCCACACAUUAGCCGUCUCCCCGUCUGUUAUACUCCGCACACAAACAAGAACAACGUGCAUCAGAUAAAUGUCACUGAUUAAAUCGCACUACCAGUAUUGAGGUUGUGUGUGUGUGCGUGUGUGUGAAUGUAUGUAUGUGUUGCCAGUAUGUACUGAAGGACAUUAAAAUGGCCAACAUGGGUUAAGGGACUGGUUAAUGUUUGUCUUCACUUUCUAAAGUGGCCAUAUUACAGUUUUAAAUUUAAUGUUUAUUUCAUGGGUUAAAAUAUUUUCAGUGUUCUGUAAUAAAGUAGCUGCCAAAUAAAGGCUUUAAUAUUUUUUUCACAGGUUUCUUGAAAUGUUUAUAAAAAGAAUUUGUUUAAAAUCACUUUGGUCAGACAAGGCACAGUUUUAGUAAAUUACCACAAUCAGAUUUAUUUCAAGCUAAAUUGUCCAGCUACUUAUCAAAUCUGUCCUUUUAUUUCUUGUGGCCACAAAAUAUUGUUUCUAACAACGUUUUACUGUGAUGAGAAAACGGAAGGUAUCUUAGCCAAAGUGUGCUACUGUGGUUUGGCAUUCUUAACCUUCGUCCUUUUUGCAACACAGUAUUGUUUAAAUCUGCUGGGUGUGUUUGUGCGUGUUGGUUUCUGGAGGGGGCGUCAGUUUCUUGUGAGUUUGCUCUGAGGGUUAUUUUUUGAAGAAAUUCUAUCAAUGGAGCUAUAUUUAUUUAAAACACUUGAUUGUUAAACAUGUUUUUGUCCUGGUGAUUUUGAAGGUAAAUGAUUUGUAGGACCUUUAUGUCACAGCGGUUUUAAGCAGGGAGGGAGGCUGGAUGAUUUACCCCUGCUAUUUUCUAUUCUACUUUACUGAUACCGAAGGAGUGAGUGAGUCCUUGCAUUUGACCUUCCAGAUUUUCCACGAAAACACUGCACACUGUUGUCACUCAAAUCUUCCACGUGAGAUGUCUGGGAGUGUAAAACUUGAGCUGCAUUUUAUUUUGGAGAUUUGUUUUGUAACUAAACCAUUUCCCGCUUUUGUUUUUAGACAAAGUUAAUUUUUUCCAUGUCAGUUAAAUCCUGAAUUACCUGCCUUCCUUGUAUUACCUACAAUGCACACCUGCUAAUGUUCAGUCCAGAUACUUAAUGAGCAUGUAAUUCACACAUGUACAUGCAACAUGUUGAUUGUUUCCUUUUCUGUGUGAGAACAGCUUUUCAACUCUGCACUAAAGUUUGUCUCCCAUGUUAGUGUACUUGUCACUGAUGGUUUGAAGAGAGGGCUGUGAUUUGCGGUUUACAGAUUGUGUCUAAAAUCUUUUUUUGUUUGUUUUGUAAGAAUAUAAGCAUUAAUCACCUAGAAAUAAAGAGCUACAAUAUGUCAGUGGAAGUACAGUUGGGGAUAAAUGAGCGUUGCUUUUCCAAUGUAAAAUGAUAAUAAAUAAAAUCAGCCUCAUUUGUCGGAA